AUGGAGAAUGACAUUUCUAAUUUAAACGUUUUAAUCGAAGCUAUUCAGAGGAUGUAUGAUAUCAACACGAGCAAUUAUGAAGAUAUCAUAACGUAUCUUCACAAAUUAAUUCGGGAUGAUAUUUUGAAUUUAAGAAAUGCUCAUCAGAUCUUUAAAAACAUCAUGUUAUCGCAAACAAAGAAAAUCAAUCUCAUUGGAUAUUGCAUUAAAAAGCUCCUUCUUCUAUGCCAAAAAGAUUCAAAUCCAUUUGAAGCAAAUUUCAUUAAGAAAACACUACCAAACUAUGAAGAUGUCUCAGAGACUAAUGUUUCCGUUGAUUUUGACCUUUUCAAUGACGAUAACAAAGUGAAAUAUAUAUAUUUUGAUGAUGUUGAUUCUUUAAUCAAAGAAAUUCAAGACGAAGAAUUUGAUUUCAUCGCGACCUAUCAGCGGAAGUCCCUCAUAUAUUAUUGUGCUAACUUUGGUUCAACAAAAUGUUUUAAGUAUUUAUUAGCAAAUGGAGCAACUGUUGAUCAAACAAUUUUAGAAGGUUCAUUUUUGUCAGGAGAAAUCGAAAUCAUUCAUUUGUUGGAAGAAAAGCUUUUACCAAAUUAUAAGUGCUUCCAGAACGCUCUUAUUGCGCAUAACUUAGAUCUCAUUGACUAUUUGAUCAGCAAAUACAACUUUGUUUUAAGUUAUAAUGACUUUGCAACCAAAUAUUGUUUCGAAUAUUUAUUUGAUGUUUUGAAUAAUGAACAAACAUUUUUAGAAAGUUUGAAGAACGGAUUGCUUCAGAAAUGUGCAUCAUUAGGUAUAUUCCCUGUUGUUAAGAUCAUUGUUGAUAAGAUGUACAACGUUGUAACUGACAAGAAGAAUAUAAUUUCCAAGAUUUCCAGUUCAUUGAUUUGCGCAAUUGAGAAAAAUAACAUUAAAACAGUUUAUUUCUUACUUGAAAAGGAUGUUGACAUAAAUUAUAUAAACUCUGAUUAUAUGACUCCUCUCCAGAGUGCUUCGUUUGUAGGAAACUUAGAUGUAGUUAAGAUACUUGUGCAAAGAGGAGCAAUUAUUAAUGAAUACCAUAACAAAUUUACACUUACUCCACUUUCAAGAGCUUGUUUCGGAGGACAUUUAGAAAUUGUCAAGUUUUUGGUCGAAAAUGGAGCUGAGGUCAAUCAAAUUAAAGAUAAUUCGACGGCUUUAGUAACAGCAUGCAUUCACCAUAAUACAGAUAUAGCUUUGUACUUGAUAGAAAAAGGAGCUGAUGUAGCAAAAUUCGAUCCUUUUUUUUGGUGUGCAUCAAGCGGAAACACAAAAGUUGCUGAAAAAAUUCUGGACAAAAUCGAAAUCAAUGAGAAUGACGAUGCUUUGAUAACUGCUUGCAGAAACAACUCUUUGGAAAUGGUGAAACUUCUUGUUUCAAGAGGAUUCAACGUAAAUUUCAAGAACAUUGAAGGUAUGACCCCAUUUUUGACAGCUGUUAAAAUAAAUUCUGUCGAAAUUGCAAAGUAUUUGUACGAAAAAGGUGCAGAUAUUCAUGUUUCUACGAUAGACGGAUUCAGCGUGAAAGAGUAUGCUAAGGCAAAUUACAGCGCAGAUGUUGGAAAAUGGCUGGAUACAUUAGAUAUUUAA